AUGCCGCCGCGCAGUCAAAUCAUCCACGCACCCUCCGACGACGCUCCCCAGGGCCGCCGGUCCGUCUUCCUCGCCGGCACCACCAGCCCCGUGGACCCGGAGGACUGGCGCGCGACGCUAUUCCGCGCCCUGUCUAAUCUUCCCGUGACCAUCUACGACCCGUACCGCUUGGACUGGGACAGCUCGUGGCGUGAGGAUAUUGACUUCGCGCCGUACCGCGAGCAGGUAGAGUGGGAGCUGGACCGGCAAGAACGAGCCGACCUGGUGGUCGUCUACUUCCACCCGGCGACACAAGCCCCUGUGAGUCUGUUAGAGCUGGGGCUCUGGGCCCGAACUCCGGGCAAGGUAAUCGUGGGAUGUCCGGCGGGAUACUGGAAGCGGGGGAACGUGCAGAUUACUUGUCGCAAGUACGGGGUGACCCUGGUGGACGGACUGACGGAGCUGGCGGAGGCGGUGGCGCAGCGUCUGUCGCUCAGUCCAUGA